ACACGCGCGCGCGCACGGAGCAUCCUCCCGUCAGGGCUCUGGUCCAGCCCCGCCCGCGUCUCCCUCUCCCCGCAAACCCUCUCCUGCUCUCCCGCUCCCCCCUUCGCCUCCGGCUCCGGGACUCUCCGCGCCCGCCCCUCUCCCGGGAUGGAGCGGCUCGAGCCCGCCCGCAGCCCCCCGCGGCCGGGGUGACGGCCCCCCGCCCCUCCCCGCCUGGCCCGCGCCCCGAGCACCAUGGGCCCGAGGGGCUCCCGCGGCGCCGGACGCUGAAGAUGACGGAUGCGGGAGCUCCCUGGAGUCAUGGCUUCUUCAAAGCUACGAGAACCUGCGGAUGAGGUUUUUGACCUGGACUUGGCGGUGCCAGAGACCGUCAGACUGGACAGCAGUUUACACAAGGCCCGAGCCCAGCUCCUGGCCAAGGGCCGGAGACACCGGCCCUCCCGCUCCAGGCUUCGGGACAGCGCCAGCUCUGCAGAGGACGGCGAAGGCUCUGACGGGCCCGGAGGCAAGGUGACAGACGGCUGCGGGAGCCCCCUGCACCGGCUACGCUCGCCUUUGCACUCGGGCCCCGGGUCCCCUGGGGGGGGCUCCUUCUGCCUGGAGCCUCCGGGGUUGCGGCGCAGCCUGGACGAAGAUGAGCCGCCGCCCUCGCCGCUCACACGCUACCGGCCCCUGCACAACGCCGCCUCGCACGAGGGCCUGGCCGCCGCCUCCUGCUCGCCGCCGCGCUCCGCGCCCUCCUCGGACAGCUCGCCCAGCUUCGUGCGCCGCCACCCGCGCGCAGAGCCGCACAGCGAAGAUGACAGCCGGGAUGCCAGCCCACCCGAGCCCGCCAGCCCCACCAUCGGCCUGGAUAAGAAGACGCGUCGAAAGUUCCUGGACCUGGGGGUCACCUUACGCCGAGCAUCCACUAGCAAGAGCCGGAAGGACAAGGGCAGCAACCGCUUGUCCAUGGGCAGCAGGGAGUCAGUGGAGGGGUCCGGUGGCAGGUCAGGGGGCUCCCCGUUCCUGCCCUUUUCCUGGUUCACGGACAGCGGCAAAGGCUCGGCGUCCUCUGGGAGCACCACCUCCCCCGCCUGCUCUCCUAAACAUGAGGGCUUCAGCCCUAAGAAGUCAGCUUCUCAGGAAUCCACCCUGAGCGAUGACUCCACGCCCCCCAGCGGCAGCCCCAAGAUCCCAAGCGGUCCCCGGCAGGAGACUAAGUGCUCCUAUCCCUACCACACGCUAUCCCAGUCUUCGGAUGAGUUCCUGGAUGAGCCGCUCCCCACUGUCCACCACUGGACCAGUCAGCAGGUGAGCCAGUGGCUGCACAGCCUCAACCUGGAGCAGUACGCCGCCGAGUUCGAGGCGCGGCAGGUGGAUGGGCCCCAGCUCCUGCAGCUGGAUGGCAGCAAACUGAAGAGCCUGGGGCUCAGCAACUCACAUGACCGGGCGCUGGUGAAGCGCAAGGUGAAGGAGCUGGCGGCGGCCGCUGAAAAGGAGCGCAAAGCCCAGGAGAAGGCGGCGCGGCAGCGGGAGAAACUCCGGCGCAGGGAGCAGGAGACCAAGAAGAGCUAGGGGAGGGCAGGGGGCAGGCGCCGGCACCCAGGCGCUGGUGGCCGCCUGGCUCGGUGGGCACAGGCCUCAGUGAGGAGGCGGGGCCCGCGGGCCAAGCUUGGGCUGGCCUGGCCCCGCCCCGCACGCUCAGGGGGGUGCGUGCCCUCUCUCACCCUGUCACUCGGUCUGGACCCAGAUUCCCCCAGAAAGGGAGACCCCAGGAGAGGGCCCAGUAAUAAAUCCAAUUUUAAGGACUUGUUUGGCACACAGUCCCUAGGUGAGCUGGCAGGUUAUGGGCAGAGGGCAGACAGGUGGGGGCCGAACAAGUCUGGGAGACCUGAGGCCACCUGGGUCGGCCUGACCCUCCACCCUCGGGCCACGGCGGUGCUGGCCGGCCGUGAGCUAGGACACCUGCCUGCCCGCCUGCCUUCUAGAGGCCCUGAGACGGAGCCAGGGUCCCAGGCCUUGGAGAGGUAGGAGGCAUCUCAGCACGAGUCAGGGGGUAGAGAUGCCCCUCUCCAGCUCUCCGAGGUGGCAGUGUGCUGCUGGGACAGCUCUGUGCUCCCCAGGGAGGCCGGGCGGCACCGUAGCAAGUUGCAUUCAGGGUAGCCCCUCAGUCUGCACGCCUCAACGGGGAGAGCAGAGAAAGCGGCGUGGUCUUUUCGAGGCCUUCGGGGGCGGGCAGGGAGGAUAAAAGCUUCUCCUUCCCCUUCCCUGUCCUGUGGGUCCCAGUGGCUAGAGGACAUCCGUACUGAUCUGUCCCUCUGGGGCCCAUUCAAGGCCUGCUCUUUGACCUGCUCUCGAACACAGGGCACACUUCUGUUGCUCCCGCAGAGGACGCCUGAGGUCUCUCUGGGGACAGAGCAAACGUGGGAGCCGGGAGGGUGACAGAAUACCCCCACCAGUGCCUAGGUGGGACUGAACGGGGUGAAUCCUCCCCGCUAGCCAGGUAGAGAGGCACAAUCUGGGCACUUCCCCAUGAGCCGUGGGAAGGGCUCAUCGGCCCUCCCGCAUCUGCUUUGGUUCCUGCCUGGGCCUCCGUGGGUUCCAGAACUGGCGGGCAGUUCUGGCUCCCUGGGUCACAAGGAGGGGUGGGGCCGGGCCCAUGGGUAGGGGUGGGAUCCAUCCCAGCAGUGCAGGGAUGACAUCCAUCUGUCCUUAGAAGGUGGGGCUUUCAGGUGCAGCACUGGCCAGCAGCUAGCCCAGCUUCUGGAGGAGCGGCCAGUUACCGGUGGGGCCGGGGGGGGCCUCUGAUUAGGAGUCCCCCUCUGCCGCCGCCUGCCUGGAGUGGUGGACAGGACCCAGUGCAUGCCGACCCCCCUCAUUCCUGCUCGGGGCCCUCUGGCCUCGAGGCCGCCCAUGCUACAGCUGGGGUGCUGUCCCUGGGACUCAACCCUCGGCUCCUCUCUGCUGUCUGUGCAGGGAAAGGGGCUUCAGAGGGAGACGGAGAUCCGGGGGCACUGGCACCAUGUGCGCCUGUUGGAGGGGCUGGCGGGGAGGCUGGAAGGCACCCGGGGCCUUUGAAGCUAUCAGGAGCUAUAUGGGUGCCCACCUGCAUGUGAAGGGGGGGUGGGACUCAAUUUAUUUCAAUAAACACUUAUGAUGUG